AUGGCCGACUUCAGUUCUGUCUAUCCACAGAACCUUUACCUUUCUCCUGAGCAGCAGAAUCUGUUGAUGGCUGCUCUGAAUGCCAACAACUCUCAGCAGAAACAAAAUGAGAAGAAAGGCAGUGCUGGUGGCUUGUCACACAACCAGUCGACAUCCAGCAAUACGAGCCCUUCGCAGGAAAACACCAGUUUCGACCCAUCUCGCUCCAGCUACUUUGAGUCGCCACUACUAAAUGAUGCCCCAGGCUCAGGCCACUUGGGAUUUGCUCCUGAUGAAAGUCCUUUCCUUGAUUUUGACCCAGAUCUUGACUUUGACAUACAAGGUGCCGAUGACCUGAUUGGCGAGCUACCUGAUUUGGACAAUCACGAGCUAGGCGACAAGCGCAAGUCCAUUGGUGAAAGCGAUUCCGGUUUCGAAAAUGGCAAAAAGAGACGCGAAAGCGAGGACAAAGAUAAGGCCUCGAAGAAGCCAGGCCGGAAGCCUCUAACUUCUGAGCCCACUACUAAACGAAAGGCCCAGAAUCGCGCCGCCCAGCGUGCUUUCCGUGAACGAAAGGAGAAGCACCUCAAAGACCUCGAAACAAAAGUCGACGAGCUUGAGAAGGCUUCGGAAACUGCCAACCAAGAGAAUGGUCUUCUUCGAGCUCAAGUUGGGAGACUUCAAGUUGAAUUACGAGAAUAUCGCAAACGUCUAUCGUGGCUUAGCGGUGGAAAUGGUUUAUCAACCAUGAGCGCAUUUCAAAACAACAACACCCGCAAUAUUACUAACCUUAGCAACAAUGACUUCUUUUUCGACUUUCCGAAAUUCGGUGAUCUUCCGGGAAACCACAUGUUCAAAAAUAGCGGCUCGGAUAACCAGAACAAAACAACCAGCCCUACGUCCUCAGGCGUGUCACCAUCCAGUGACAUUCCUGGGAUUAUGAAUCGGGGAUCACUGAAAAAUGCCAGCCAGUCAACGUCAAAGUCAACCAAUGCUAAUGGCACCUUGAAUGGCUACCCGAGCGGACUAAAUACAUCCACUACAUAUAAACAGCUGACCAGCACCAGUUCGUCCGCAUCUAAUUCUGAUUCUCCAAGUGCUUCUUCCGAGUCGCAGCACGGCCCGACCUCGUCCAUGGGAACUUCGCCAGAGCCGAGCUUAAACUCGCCAAAUGUGAGCAAGACAAAUGAGGCCGGGUGCGAGAAUUGCUCUGCGAAUUACAGCACCAUUGAUGGUGAGAAAUCCUUCUGCGACCAGCUCGGCAUGGCAUGCGGCAAUAUUAGAAACCCAGUGCCGGCCGCCCGGAGUAAGAAUAAUAACAAUUCAAAUUUGCUAGGCCAAUUACAACCAACAGCCGCCGAUCAAUCACUUUCAUUCGACUGGCUAGCUCAGCAGAACGGUGGCAGCUUUGAUCCGGUUUUGUUCAAUGAUUACCGAGAGCCCCAGGACGCAAUCUUGUCACAGGACUUUGGUGCAUUUUUCAACGAUGCCUUCCCAUUGCCUGAUCUCGACAGUCCUUUCGGUAACCUCAACGAGACAGCCAGUCCGAAAGCCUCGAACAUGCCAAAGCCCGAUCUCAUCUCUCAGAUUGAUAAGAAACAAGACGAAGACGACGAGGUUGUCCCUGGUGAAGAUAAGUCACAGAUGAUGACUUGCACUAAGAUAUGGGAUCGGUUGCAAUCAAUGGAGAAAUUCCGCAAUGGCGAAAUCGAUGUCGACUCGUUGUGUACGGAACUCCGCACCAAGGCACGCUGUUCCGAGGGCGGAGUGGUCGUGAAUAAAAGGGACGUCGACGAUAUUAUGGGGCGUGUGGACACGCCCAACACUACUCCUACGCAAUCAUAA